AUCAGGCUAAGGUAUGUGCGCUGACUGGGUGACGUAAUAGUUGCUGACCAAUAGGAAGCGCCCGGCUCGUGACCGUAAUGUUUGACGAUCAGCCUCGUCGCUGCCGCUUUUCACCUGAUAUUUUCCAACUUGUCUCUUAUUCAUACGUCCCUCGUGGAUCACAAUGACGCGUCUCUGUGCCAACAAAGGCUAAUGACGUUGUUGAAUCCGUCAUUUUGAAUCUCUGGUGGACUGUUGUGUUGACAGCAUGGAUUGGGAGGGCCCCCGAACCCUGUGUGACCUGUGUUUGGCACAGGUGUGCUGCAGCCUGGAUGUCCUGUGCAGCAAGCGAGCAGAUGGCUCCUUGCUCCUCGGGUCGAGACUGCUCUUCCCUCAGGAGAUGGCUGACCAACUACUGAAGGAGAUGGCAUUAAAAGGCACACUGAACGACACAACCAUUGGGAUUUUCCGGAACCACAAAGAGCUACGUUUGUGUCGAGUCUCCAUCCGCUCUUGUCCGGUGUCUGCAGAAGCAUUCCGACUGGCAAUCAGCCCUCACCGUCUUCAGGAACUGGAUGCAUCCUGGGUUCCUGGCGACAUCACCGGGGCUCAAAUCAUCUCGAGCCUGGCGUCCAACCUGCAGUGCAGGUCCCGGCUCCAGAAGUUGUCCCUGAACGGAUUACGUCUGGACUGGGCCUCUCUUGGAGAUGACGGUGUUGGUUUGAGCUCCCUGAAGGGCCUGCGAACGCUUAACCUCCGCAGCACCGACUUGACGAACGCUGUUUUGGAAGAUGUUUGCACUCUUCCUCAGCUGGAGAGCCUAGACAUCUCCUGCAGCGUCGUCUCAGAGCUCACAGCACUCCUUCGGUGCAGGAACACUCUGAGAUCUUUGAUCGCCCACCGGCUCCGGCGGUUGGAUAUGUCGCCUGCAAGUUUGCUGUCUGUCCUCAGCCAACUUCAGGCUGUGAGGAAUUUGGACUUUUCAGAUGAUCACUUAACUGUUGAGGACGACUCGGAUGAUGGAGACGUGGGAGUUCUGCAUCUUCUGAGAGCUGGCCCCGAGGUUCUUCCCUCCUUAGUUUCUUUAGACGUGUCAGGCCGGAGGAGAAUCACCGAGGCAGCUGUUAGUACGUUUGUGGAGACCAGGAAGAAUCUGGUUUUCUUGGGCCUGCUUGCAACUGGAAUUAGCUCCUGUGGUGCCCUGUCUUCACAGAAAAACCUCAAAGUAACUGGAGAGGCUAAUGAGAACCAGUUGUGUGAGGCCCUGAGAAGGUACAGAGACAGAGAGUGUUUCACUCGAGAGGCCCUCUUCCAUCUCUACAAUAUUACCACCGACUCUCACAAACCGCAACCAGAAAUGCUGGAGCUGGUCCUGAACGCCAUGCAGAGCCAUCCUGCAAGUCUGCAUGUCCACCUGGUGGCCACAGCGUGUGUGUUCAAUCUUACCACUCAGGACCAGGCUGAGGCCAUGUCUGUACGCCUGCUCUGCUCCACCGUCACCCAGCUGCUGCACAGCAUGAAGACCUUCCCUGACCAUAUACAGGUCCAAAAGAACUGUCUGCUGGCACUCUGCAGUGACUAUAUCCUUCAGGAUAUCCCCUUUGACACGUAUCUGGCGGCCACGCUGGUGAUCAACUGGCUGAGCAGCCACGAGGAUCCCACCCUUCAGAGGAUGGCUGUAGCUGUCAUCUCCAUUCUGGUGGCCAAGCUGUCCACAGCAGAAAUUGCAACGCUUGGCGAGGAUGUCUCUAUCAUGAAGCAGCUGUUGGCCAUUGUGCAGCAGAGGGCCAUGGUCGGAGUGGUGGACUCCACUCUCAAGUUUGCCUUGAGAGCUUUGUGGAACUUAACAGACGAGAUGCCUGCAGCGGCGCGUAACUUCGUCGAGUGUAACGGUUUGGAGCUAUACGAGGAGGUUUUGGAGUCCUACUACAACGUGUCUUCCAUACAGCAGAAGGUUCUUGGCCUCCUGAACAACAUAGCAGAGGUGGAGCAGUUGCAGUCAGAGCUAAUGGAGGAGGACCUCUUGGAGCACAUCCUCAGCCUGUUGCAGGAUCCCCAGAUAGAGAUGGGGGUCCGGUACUUUGCUGGAGGGAUUCUGGCUCAUCUCACUUCCAGACAAGAGGCUUGGAGACUGGAUGAAGAGCUCCGCAACACCAUACUCAAGCAGCUGCAUGUGUCCGUUGCAGCCUGGACACAUUUGGAUAAAGAGAUGGUAUUUUACAGGUCCUUCCGUCCAUUUUGCCGCCUGCUUCAGACGUUUCAACCCACAGGAGUGCAGCUGUGGGCCGUGUGGGCCAUCCAUUUUGUCUGCACUCUGAACACUUCGCAUUACAGCUCGAUACUGGAGCGGGAAGGCGUGACUGAACUUCUGAAGGCUCUGGCGGCACAUCCCAACACACACAGCAUCAUUAGGGGAUUAUCAGAGAGCAUCUUGCAUAUGGUUGAGCGCCAACACUCGGGACUCUUGAACAAACAAGUUGAGGCUCACAGCUCUUAGAGGAAUUCAUUGUGAAUAUAUUUCAUGGGGAAUGGAUGAAUGCUGUGUGUGAGACGAUCGUUCAUCCCAACUCACACAUAAUAUUGCAUAUUUCAGGACAAGGACAAGCGGUACGGAUGGAUGGAUGAAUUCAUGCAACUACUUGUACUUUAGGUCAAAUUGCUUUUACAGCUUGAGCUCAUUGGAUGCACAAGCCUGCCACUAGAGGGUGCUUCACUACUUUAGCUUCAGGCAUACCUAGACAUACAGUAUCUCUACAAGCUCAUCUGCUGUGAUAUCUUCCUGGCCUCAGAAAUGCUCAUAAAUAAGCUGACGCCCCCUCCCAGCCUCUCCCUGCAUCUCCUGCCAUCCUCUACGGCAAAUUACGUUGUACAGCAUGGUAACACCGCAGGACGUCAGAAGGGCUCCAUGGCAUCUGAAGUUCAAGUUGUACAACUAAAAAUGACCUUCAUAAAUUGUAUUAGCUCAGAGUCACAAGGACUCAAUUCACCUUCUUUUGUUAAAGUUUCUGGCAGGAUUUAUUUGGAUCCGUUUAAAAGCAUUACAGCAGGGUUAAAAAUAUAAUUUAACGAGAAAACAAACAAAAAAAAACACAGCAGCAAAAAUGGAAAAAUCCAGUAAUUUUACAAGAAUAAAGUCAAAAUAUUAAGAGGAAAAAAUUCGAGAACGAGAAAAGGUGGUCAUUUUACAAGAAUAACGUAUUAUUAAAAAAAAUAACAUCAUUUUAGUAGCAUUUUUUAAAAGUUGUAAUUUUAUAAGAAGCAAAAAAAAAACAAGCAAAGUAAAACAUUUUUUUUAAUUAGGUAGCGGAAAAAGUUAUAAUGUUGAAUGUGAGAAUAAAGUCAAAAUGUUAUGCGAAUAAAGUCAUUACAAGAAGAAAGUUGAAAUAGUGGGGAAAUUAAAAAUAAACAACAGCAGGAAAUAGAAAUGGAAAAAAAGCUAUAAUGUGAGAAUAAAGUCAAAAUUUUAUGAUACUAAAUUCAUAAUCACGCAAAGUGAACAAAAUGUAAAUUACAAAACGUACACUACCAGUCAAAGGUUUUAGAACACUCCAAUUUCUCUGGAGGAAAAACCUACAAAGAUGGUCUGUCUCUCUUCCAUUGUUAAUUCUCUUUUUGCCAUUUUUUGGAGCAGCAAAUUACUUUCUUCAGCACAAUGAUGUUCAACUGAUGUUCACAAGGGUAGAGUUCCACAGUGUAUUCUGUACGCUGUUUUUCUGCAGACAGAGGAGGUAGUAAGUAAUCCAGCCAACACGUCUUCCAAUGAGGAAGCAGUGCCUGGGGACUCCAUCCAUCCAUCCAUCCAUCCAUUUUCUAUACCGCUUCUUCCUCAUUAGGGUCGCGUGGGCUAUCCUAUUUCUGGGGCUGAGAUUGCCAACGUUGUCAAAAAACUCCUGUGUGGCAGGGCCCGAGGAUGGGUGAGAUCCACCCGGAGUUUCUUAAAAGAUGUGGAUGCUGUGGGUGUGUUUUGGUUGACACAACUCUGCAGCAUUGUGUGGAUUUUGGGGGCAGUGCCCCUGGAUUGGCAGACCGGGGUGGUGGUUUCAGGCUGUUCGUUCCCUGUAUGAUUGGUGUCAGAGUUUGGUUGGCAUUGCCGGCAAUGAGUCGGACCCGUUUCCAGUGAGGGUUGGACCCUUUGCCACCGAUUCUGUUCAUUAGUUUUAUGGACAGAAUUUCUAGGCCCAGCCAGGGCGUUGAAGGGUUUCGACAGGAUUGGGUCUCUGCUUUUUGAGCCUACCUCAACUGGAGGAGUUUGAGUACCUCUUGUUCACGAGUGAGGGGAGGAUUGAGUGCGAGAUCGACAGGCGAAUUGGCGCGGCGUCUGCAGUGAAGCGGACUCUGCAUCGGUUUGUUGUGGUGAAGAGGGAGCUGAGCUGAAAGGCAAAGCUCUCAAUUUACCGGUCGAUCUACGUUCUUACCCUCACCCAUGGUCAUCAGCUUCUGGUAGUGACCGAAAGGACAAGAUCGCGGGUACAAGCGGCCGAAUUGAGUUUUCUUCUUAGGGUGGCAGGGCUCUCUCGUAGAGAUGAGGUGAGAAGCACUGUCAUCUGGGAGAAACUCGGAGUAGAGCUGCUGCUUCUCCACAAUGAGAGGAGCCAGAUGAGGUGGCUCGGGCAUCCGGUCAGGAUGCCUCCCGGACGGCUCCCUGAGGAGGUGUUCAGGGCACAUCCAAUGGAGGCCUCGGGGAAGACCCAGGACACAUCGGAGAGAGUAUGUUUCUCAACUGGCCUAGGAAUACCUCGGGAUCCGCCGGGAGGAGCUGGACAAAGUGGCUGGGGAGUUGGAGGUGUCGGCUUCCCAACUCGGGCUGCUGCCCCUGUGAUCCGACCUCGGAUAAGCGGUAUAAGGUGGAUGGCCGGACGUUAUAAUAUGGGAAUAAAGUCCUAAAAUUCCGAGAUGAAAAUAUAUGAAGAAUAUUUAAGAAGAAAGUUGAAAUAUUUGAAAAAUUAAAAAAACAAAAAAAGAGCAAACACCAAAGUUCACACUAAUAAUGAACUUUUUCACCGACAUCACCAAGUUUAGAUGCAGUUUUUCCUCGAAAUAUGACUUAUUAGGAUACAAAAUACUGUAUGAAAGUGGCCCUUGCAUCCUUUCAUUUUUCAGUAUAUACAGUAGCCCUUUGUGGAAAAAAUGUUCGCAGGCUUUACGGGCUUGUGAUUCAUCCAAGUUAGUCAUUUUCUCUCCAGCGAUGGGAUUAGAAAAGCAGAGUUCACACAUCCCAGGACAGCAUUUAACAGCUCUGACCACGGCAACCUGAAAGAGUGGCGGGCCUGUGGGGUCCGGGAUCAAGUGCCCAUCGUCAGCGUGGCCUCACGUUACUCGUCAUAUGAAGAGCAUAAAAAAAGCUUUCCAAGAGCUGCUCGGCGACUUGUGAGGAGGUGUCAGGUGUUUUCUCAUCUGGUUUUACGUUUCUGUUCGUGGCUCUUCAACUGACACUCAUAGAUGGUGGCAAGUUCAAGUUGUCACACACUGACACACAAGAGGUAACAGGAGUCGCUGGAUGUCUUCCAAAGAGCACAUACUCAUUUUGUUUUACCGCCUCCGAGCACGAAAGGGUGAAGGUGAGAUGUAUUCAUUUGGUUGCUGUUGCUUCCUUUGUUAUGUUGCUUAUUCACAGACACUUGACGGGAUGUUUUCCAUUCCUUGGCUUAUGUCAAAUCUCUUGGCUUAUUCAUCUCGUUGUCUCGAAACUUGAUGCGACUUUAGUUGGUCGUUAGCACCUAAUGUCAAAGUUCACUACAGUAAGAAAGUUCAUAUAAUAUUUUGCAACAAACCUCAUAUUACCAAAUUUAAUACUAUAUAUAUUUUUUAAAUUCCAUUGGUGUGCUGUCAGGGCCGGCUAAGCCUUCUCUGCUAACGCUAACAUUUACCAGUGUCAUCGCAUGGACAGCACAGCGCUUAAUUGAUCCUGUUCCGACGUGACAAAAGGAGACAGACACUGUGUUGUUCAUCACGCUGUGUGAGUUAUAUGAACAAAUAAAUAACUGGAUGAGGGCUUCCCUCGUUAAACUGUUGUGUUUUGUUGAUUUUCUCCUGCUGUUUAGUUUGUCAUUUCUCAGCCAUUUCGCUUUCUGUUUGUCCCCUCUUAAACCAAGCAAAAUCAAGCACAAGCAGGCAUUGUUGUUGCUUUUGUUGUCUUCUGUUACUGCUUUUUAUUGUGUCUUUCUGCUGUCUUUUGUUGUUAGAUUUCUGUCCCCUCUUAAACCAAGCAAACUGAAGCACAAGCAGGCAUUGUUGUUGUUGCUGUUGCUUUCUCUACUGUUUCUGCUGUCUUCUGACAUUUUUUUUUAUGUCUGUCCCCUUUUAAACCAAGCAGAAUCAAGCACAAGCAGGCAUUGUUAUUGUUGUUGCUGUUGUUGUCUUCUGUUACUGCUUUUUAUUGUGUCUUUCUGCUGUCUUUUGUUGUUAGAUUUCUGUCCCCUCUUAAACCAAGCAAACUGAAGCACAAGCAGGCAUUGUUGUUGUUGCUGUUGCUUUCUCUACUGUUUCUGCUGUCUUCUGACAUUUUUUUUUAUGUCUGUCCCCUUUUAAACCAAGCAGAAUCAAGCACAAGCAGGCAUUGUUAUUGUUGUUGCUGUUGUUGUCUUCUGUUACUGCUUUUUAUUGUGUCUUUCUGCUGUCUUUUGUUGUUAGAUUUCUGUCCCCUCUUAAACCAAGCAAACUGAAGCACAAGCAGGCAUUGUUGUUGUUGCUGUUGCUUUCUCUACUGUUUCUGCUGUCUUCUGACAUUUUUUUUAUGUCUGUCCCCUUUUAAACCAAGCAGAAUCAAGCACAAGCAGGCAUUGUUAUUGUUGUUGCUGUUGUUGUCUUCUGUUACUGCUUUUUAUUGUGUCUUUCUGCUGUCUUUUGUUGUUAGAUUUCUGUCCCCUCUUAAACCAAGCAAACUGAUGCACAAGCAGGCAUUGUUAUUGUUGUGGCUGUUGUUGUCUUCUGUUACUGCUUUUUAUUGUGUCUUUCUGCUGUCUUUUGUUGUUAGAUUUCUGUCCCCUCUUAAACCAAGCAAACUGAAGCACAAGCAGGCAUUGUUGUUGUUGCUGUCUUGCUAUUGCUUUCUCUACUAUUUCUGCUGUCUUCUGCCAUUUUUUUUUAUGUCUGUCCCCUUUUAAACCAAGCAGAAUCAAGCACAAGCAAGCAUUGUCAUUGUUGUUGCUGUGGUUUUCUUCUGUCAUUGCUUUUUGUUUUGUCUUUCUGCUGUCUUUUGUUGUUAUAUUUCUGUCCCCUCUUAAACCAAGCAAACUGAAGCACAAGCAGGCAUUGUUAUUGUUGUUGCUGUUGUUGUCUUCUGUUACUGCUUUUUGUUGUGUCUUUAGUUGUUAGAUUUCUGUCCCCUCUUAAACCAAGCAAACUGAAGCACAAGCAGGCAUUGUUGUUGUUGUUGCUGUCUUGCUGUUGCUUUCUCUACUAUUUCUGCUGUCUUCUGCCAUUUCUUUUAUGUCUGUCCCCUUUUAAACCAAGCAGAAUCAAGCACAAGCAGGCAUUGUUAUUGUUGUUGCUGUUGUUUUCUUGUUAUUGCGUUCUUUUCUCUUUCUGCUGUCUUCUGUCAUUUUUAAAAAUCUGUUCCCUUUUAAACCACGAAAAAUCAAGCACAAGCGGGCAUUGUUGUUGUUGUUGUUGCUGUUUUUGUGUUCUGUGAUUGUUUUCUGUUUUCUUUCUCCUGUCUUCUGCCAUUUCUUUGUCUUAAACCACAUACUGUCUGGGGCCAUUAAAAUAAAUUCAGUAUUCUAGACUCACCUACUGCACAUUAAAUUAGUUGUGGCACAAUAAGGCAUACCGAUCCCUCAGGACAGGUAAAAGAAAUAUUUGCACAAAUGUGAAUGAUAAAACAUCUGUUUUAUUGACUUAGAGGUACCAACGAAACCGUCUUGAACACGCAAGCCAGUUUUAUAUUUAAAAUAUCAUGUUUGCGUUAGUUUUCAUACAGUCCACUAAAGAGCUUU